GUUAGAACAACAACGACAACAAAAACAACAACAAUGGUGGUCAGUAAGAAGAUAUCAUCAACAACAACAACUCAACCAGUGUGAAAGGCCAAUGCCUAGUACACACCAACAGCCAUACCCCCCUAACCAUGUUUCCCUGCUGGAGUCAGCACCACCUUCUGGACAGUUCAAGAGUUUUCAUCACAGAGGUAUUCAAUCAGAGCCAGAACAAAUCAACCAACUCUCAACUUAUCAGCAACUUUCACCGAUAACGCCACUCCAAUCUACAUUUGCACCAGAUCAAUCGACCAACCAACAACUUGAGGAGUUUGAUCAGUAUCUGCAGUCCUAUCUUUCUUCCCAGCAUAACGCAAAUAAUGGUAAUGGAACUCAAUACUCAUCAAACUUGAGUUAUCAAGAAAUGCUAGAACAUUCGCCACACCAUGGUCUAGGAGAAGCAACACAGGACACCGUUGCAAGCCAGAGACAGGAAGUUGCAACCCCAAUAGAAACUGAUGACACCUUGCUAUCAUCAUCUUCAGUAUACAUCAAUUACCGAACUUCAGUGUAUCAAGGAGGGCUGUCAAUUGGAAAGAAACCAAUCUAUGAGAAUGUUGAUACCCUCGCCAUGCCCUCAACCAGUGGAUUGAGUUCUGCACAAAGCAGAACUGAUGCAGCUCCAGUCGAGAGUAGACGAAUUCCUGAACAUCGCAAACGCAAUAACAGUGACGAUGGCGAUGAUGAUGAUGAUGGUGGUGGUGAUAGAGUUGAUGAGAGCCUGGAACAACGUCCAAGAAAACGACGAGCUAAGACGGAUCGUCAACCUACCUCACCGUAG